UGCUGUGAUAGCAGAUGAUUUCAAGUGUGAGUGUGUGCGUGUCUGUGUCUUUCUCAUUAGUACUGUAGGUGUGUAAGUGUUGUUUUUUCUUUUCUUUUUUUUUAAUUUGCAGUAUUUAUUCCAUUCAAUACAACAACACCUUUCAGGAUAUUUAUUAAUUAAAGCAAGGAAACAGUCACUAUGAGCAAAGAAGAAAUAAAUGGCACCAUUUGUCAAAAAACAGAAAAGAAACAAAAUGAAGAAACAAGUGACAAUAAUGAAAAAGAAAAGAAGGCUAACGUAUCCCUGGUCAGCCCAGCAGCUAUGUUCCACUAUGCUGAUGGAAAAGAUAUAUUGCUGAUGGUACUAGGAUCACUGAUGGCUGUGGCCCACGGAGCAGCACUACCCAGCAUGAUAAUUGUCUUUGGAGAUAUGACAAACAGUUUUGUUGGCAAUGCCAUUCCAAUGCCAAAUGAUACUGAUACAAACAAAGAAACUUUAGAAGAGCAAAUGACAAGGUUUGCCAUUUACUACUCAGCAAUUGGGGCUGGUGUGUUAGUCGCUGCAUACAUGCAAGUUUCUUUCUGGGCCCUAGCAGCUGGAAGGCAGAUAAACAGACUGAGAAAAGUGUUCUUCCAUGCAGUAAUGCGACAAGAAAUUGGCUGGUUUGAUGUCAAUGAGACAGGUGAACUAAAUACUCGACUGACAGAUGACAUAGCAAAGAUUAAUGAAGGAAUUGGGGAGAAAAUCUCAAUGCUGAUACAAUCUCUUUCCACCUUCAUAGCGGGAUUUGUAAUUGGUUUUGUAUAUGGAUGGAAACUAACUUUAGUUAUACUAGCAAUCAGCCCAGUCCUGGGAUUGUCUGCAGCAUUGUUCUCAAAGAUCCUGACUGCAUUUACUAGCAAAGAACAAAAAGCCUAUGCAAAAGCUGGAGCAGUAGCAGAAGAGGUCUUGGGUGCCAUCAGGACUGUAGUAGCCUUUGGGGGACAGAAAAAAGAAAUGAAUAGAUAUCACAAAAAUUUGGAGCAGGCCAAAACAAUGGGAAUUAGAAAAGCAAUUAGUACGAACCUCUUACUUGGGUUUGUUUUCCUCAUCAUUUAUGGUUCUUACUCACUUGCUUUCUGGUAUGGAAGCAAACUCAUUGUAGAAGGAGAAUAUUCAAUUGGACAAGUCCUCACGAUAAUAUUUUCUGUCAUUAUUGGAGCUUUUGCAGUAGGCCAAACAUCACCGAAUAUUCAAGCCUUUGCAAGUGCAAGAGGAGCAGCCCAUAUAAUUUAUGGUAUUAUAGCGAAUGUACCUAAAAUUGAUAGCUAUUCAGACAGUGGCUACAAGCCCAAUCGCAUCAAGGGGAAUAUUGAAUUCCGCAAUGUACACUUUACUUAUCCAUCUCGUCCGGAUGUUAAAAUACUGAAAGGGGUGAAUCUCAAGAUAGAUAGUGGCAAGACAGUGGCUCUUGUUGGCAGCAGUGGAUGUGGGAAAAGCACAACUGUACAGCUCUUGCAAAGGUUCUAUGAUCCAGAUGUAGGAAUAAUUACUAUUGAUGACCAGGAUAUUCGAUCUAUGAAUGUCAGACACUUGAGGGAAUUUAUAGGCGUUGUUAGCCAGGAGCCUGUGCUUUUUGCUACAACCAUUGAAGAAAAUAUCCGCUAUGGAAGAGAAGAUGUUACCCAAGUUGAAAUUGAAACAGCAGCAAAGGAAGCCAAUGCAUAUGAUUUCAUAAUGAAACUGCCAGAUAAAUUUGACACAUUGGUUGGAGAUCGUGGAGCCCAACUAAGUGGAGGCCAAAAACAAAGAAUUGCUAUUGCACGGGCCUUGGUUCGCAAUCCUAAAAUUCUCCUUCUUGAUGAAGCUACCUCUGCCCUGGAUGCUGAGAGUGAGGCAGUUGUGCAAGCAGCUCUUGACAAGGUAAGGCAGGGCCGGACUACCAUUGUUGUUGCACAUCGUCUGUCUACCAUUCAAAAUGCGGAUAUAAUCGCUGGCUUUCAAGAUGGAGUGAUCAUAGAGCAAGGCUGUCACAGUGAACUCAUGAGUCGAAAAGGUGUCUACUUUUCCCUUGUUAAUACACAGACGUUUAGUAAAGAAAGCUCAGAAGAGUAUCUGGAAGAAAAAGGAACAGAUGAGAUGAGCCCAUCAGCAAACUCUCUAAAUGAGCUCACAUUAUUCCAUAGAGGAACAAGUCAGAAAAGUGCUGAAAAAGUGGAGACACCUGAAGAGAAAGCUGAUGAGCAGGCAACUGGUUCAUCUGAUGAAAACAUUAAGCGUGCCUCCUUUUUUACAGUUCUCAAACUUAAUAAGACAGAGUGGCCCUAUCUGGCUGUAGGAACUUUCUGUGCACUUGUGAAUGGCGGCAUCCAACCAGCAUUUGCUAUUAUCUUUUCUAGAGUUAUUGAGGUUUUUGCGGAAACAAAUAAAGAAAUCAUGCAGCAAAGAAGUUACAUGUUCUCCUUGCUCUUUCUGGCUUUAGGUGGCAUUUCAUUCUUCACAUUUUUCUUUCAGGGAUACUGCUUUGGGAAGGCUGGAGAAGUUCUCACUAUGAGACUGCGAUUACAGGCCUUUAAGGCAAUGCUCCGACAGGAUCUCUCUUGGUUUGAUGAUCACAAGAACAAUACUGGUGCGCUGACAACUCGACUUGCAACUGAUGCUGCUCAAGUCCAAGGUGCAAGUGGGGCAAGAUUGGCGACUAUUGCCCAAAAUAUUGCUAACCUUGGAACUGCAUUGAUCAUUUCUUUUAUAUAUGGCUGGCAACUUACUUUGUUGAUCUUGGGAAUUGUGCCAGUCCUGGCUGUCGCAGGUUUGAUCCAAAUGAAAAUGCUCACUGGCCAUGCUGAGAAAGACAAAAAGGAGUUAGAAAAGGCUGGAAAGAUUGCCACCGAAGCUGUGGAGAAUAUUCGAACAGUUGUUUCUUUGACCAGAGAAAGAACAUUUGAGAAAAUAUAUGCAGCAAAUUUGAUUGUCCCAUUUAGAAAUGCUGAGAAAAAGGCUCACAUAUAUGGGAUAACAUUCUCUUUUUCCCAGGCCAUUAUAUACUUUGCCUAUGCAGGCGCCUUUCGAUUUGGAGCCUUCCUGGUUACAAAAGGUUUAAUGAAUUUCGGAGAUGUUUACUUGGUGUUUUCUGCUGUGGUGUUUGGUGCCCUUGCCUUGGGAGAGGCGAAUUCUUUUGCCCCCAGCUAUGCCAAGGCCACGGUCUCUGCUGCUCAUUUGUUUGCCUUGUUUGAUCAAGUGCCUGCUAUAGACAACGAAAGUGAAGAUGGCAAAAAGCCGGGAAGUUUUGGAGGCAAUGUCAAGUUUGAUGAAGUGUGCUUCCAGUAUCCUUCUCGUCCAGACGUGCAAGUGCUACAAGGGCUCACCCUGAAGGUCAAACAAGGUCAGACCUUGGCUCUCGUGGGCAGUAGCGGCUGUGGGAAGAGCACCACCAUUCAACUGUUGGGAAGAUUUUAUGAUCCACAGAAUGGCAAAGUGGUUCUUGAUGACACCAACGUGAAGGAUUUAAAUAUCCAUUGGCUUAGAGCUCAGAUUGGUAUUGUAUCCCAAGAGCCAGUGCUAUUCAAUUGCAGCAUUGCAGAAAACAUAGCAUAUGGUGACAACAGUCGGCUGGUGCCACAUGAGGAGAUCAUAGAGGCAGCUAAAGCAGCAAAUAUUCACACCUUCAUUGAGAGCCUACCUAAUAAAUAUAACACAGAUGCAGGAGACAAAGGUGCACAGUUGUCUGGUGGGCAGAAACAAAGAGUUGCGAUUGCUCGGGCCUUGGUCAGGAAACCCAAGAUCCUCCUAUUAGAUGAAGCAACAUCUGCUUUGGACACAGAAAGUGAAAAGAUUGUACAGGAGGCCUUAGACAAUGCCAGAGAGGGUAGGACCUGUAUAAUUGUAGCACAUCGACUAUCCACCAUCCAGAAUGCUGACAAGAUCGCAGUGUUCCAGAAUGGGAAGGUAGUGGAGCAGGGAAAGCACCAUCAGCUCCUCGACCUCAAUGGCGUUUACUAUGCACUGGUGAAUGCACAGAUGGGGCAGACCUGAGGAGAUGAUUGGCAUACCAGCCUUUCCCUUUGUCAAGAUGUUAACUUUUCACUCUUCCAUAAUAUUUAACUCAAACCUAAUCUAUUGUUAUUCUGUAUGUUAUUUUAUAUUAUUUUAUGGCAUUUAUGUUAAAUAUUUGAAAUGUACAUGUCAAAAAAAAUGUUAAUGUUUUAUAUUUAUAUACAGUAUACAGUACAAUAUACAGCUAAUAAGCUGGCAUCAUUUCACCACACGCACACAGAGUAAACCUCAUUCUGUGUUAUGAGGUAAACCGACGCAAGUUCUCAAUUAUUUAUUUGCAUCAUAAAAUGUAACAAUAGCAAGAAACAUUUUGUCAAAUAAUCCCAAAUGUCUGUGCCCGCCUUCUGUCUUUGUAUACGACAGAAAAAAUGACAUUUGAAUUCAUUACUUGAAUUCGUUCAACUUGGAAGCAAGUUAAAGAAUAUCAUGAGGAACAUUUUUUAAAACAUGCCAUUAAGUCAGUGCAUUAAUCACUCAAAGAGCACACUCACACACAACACAUCCCAGGCCAAAUGAGAACGGUUUCAGCAUGUCUUUGUGGCCCGUGACCACCACAUAGCAGUGCUUUCUGAGAGCCUGCAGUGAUAAACCCAAACCCAACAAGCAAUAACAUCCAUGUUUAGAAACUGGUGGCUUUAUAAGCUGAAGUGACCCAAAGACAUGGAGUCAGGGGUCCUUUUCCUGGAAGCUGAGGUUUAAAAUGGCAAAUGGAUUAAUGGCUGUGAAGCCGUGAAAGCCUUCCCUGGUGUACCCAGUGCACUGUUCCAUGUUUUAUUCUAACAAGUUUCUUUUCAUACUGUUCAUUCAGUAGGACACAAUUUGAAUCGUUUUGGCAAGGAAUGAACUUCACAUUUGAUACUCUCAAGUUUUAGCCCAACAGAUGGUUUACAUGAAGCAGUUCACAUUUUAACAAACAUUUUACUAACAUUCCGAAAAAUCAGAAAUUCAAAAGCUGUCGCUCCAACGUAUUCCUUUAGUUCUCUUUGCAUCCUUUGGAAGUUUUGAAUUCUUCUUUUAGGUUCUAUUGUACUUUGCUUUAAUAGCAAGGCACCUUAUAAUUAUGAAAUAUAACACUUUAUUCAAUUAUAGAAUGACAUUCUCAAGUUUGCUUAAUCAAUCCCAGAGACUCAGCCUUGGAUAAAAGUGCAAGUCCAGCACAGGGACCACUCCCACCCAGCAACACGUAUUCAGUUUGGGUCCAAACCAGCACAUCUUUGUGAAUGGACAAGGAGGACAAGCACACAAGACAUGCAUGUGGGGAUCUGUAAACCCCACACAGAUGAUGACUGGGUGAUAAAAAGAAAUGAAGUAUUCUCUCAGUACGUGGAGAAAACAUAACAGAAAGACCUAACAGUGUCAUCUUAUGUCCAGACUCAUCCCGCCAGACCAAAUAUUAAUUAGCUGUAGAGGUUGCCACUAUUAUCAGCAGCACAGCGUCAUCAGUCUCCCUCAGUGAUGGCUCUUCAUAACACAUGGACAUAGAGAAGAGUUGUUUUUUUUAUCAUUCAUGUGUUGAACCCCAAACAGAAAGUUAAAAAAGGUUCAUUUUAGUUUAAAAAAAUUACACGGAUCACUAGUGAUACUAUUAACUAAAGAAUGUACACUCAAAAAAAAAACUACUGGGGUUGUUCAAUGUAUGUAUUUAACAUAACUAUUUUAAAAUUAAAUAAUCUAUUUGCUGCAAUUACUCUAGUUACAUUGACUUAAAUUUGUUAGAUGUCACACUAACAAACUUAAUUUGUGUUUUAACAAAACAAUCAGAAUAUUUUCUUUCAACUGAAGCAUAAUGUGUCACAGGGACUGUUGUCCUUACUUGCUAAUUCUAUAUUAAUCUUAACUCAAAAUUAAUAGUUUUCUAAUCUGCAUGGUAUUCCCAUUUUUCCUCUGCACAGUUAAAUUAAGUUGAUUUAACUUAAAAUAAUAAAGUUGUAUGUACAUAACUAUCCCAGAUUUACAAAAAGUAAAAUAAUUAGCAUCAAGAAGUGCCCCUUUUGUUGACAACACACUCCAAAGUACGCCCAUACUUUUGUAUACUUGGAAAGAAAGUUAAAGACUUUCAGUAAAUUGAUUUUUUUCCAAAUGCUGUGAGUUUUGUGGGAUUGUGGAAGCUGAUUUAUGAAAUUUAAAUGCAUGUUGCCCACCCUACAUCAGAAAAGCAUUUUUUCUUUGUCUGCAAAGCACCAAUUAAUGCUAUUAUGGCUUGAAAAAUGCACUCAACUAAAAUAUAACUUGUGCAGAAGCUCUGAAUCGCACAGUGAAAAAACUUAUGGGAUAACCCUUAUCUCGUAAGUAUGUGAAAAUGUCUCAUCCAUACAGGAUACUUUCACAUACAUACAAGAAAAAGUUUGCUUUGGGUAUCCUAAACAUAUGUGAAAACAUCUCAUAUGUACGUUAAAGUAUCCUGUAUGUAAGAGCUAAGGGUUAUCUCAUAAGUUUUUCCAUUGUGCGGUGCACAUGAUUACCUUAUGUGGUAAUAAUUGAAUGACUACACACUUAAUAAAUUAAACAGUGCUCAUUUAGUAUUUAUUACGUUAGAUAAUUUGUUAGUAUUGCUAUCUACAGCUACAUAUCUAUCUAUCUAUCUAUCUAUCUAUCUAUCUAUCUAUCUAUCUAUCUAUCUAUCUAUCUAUCUAUCUAUCUAUCUAUCUAUCUAUCUAUCUAUAAAGAUAAAAUGCUGUUAUGUUACGUUUAUGUAAGCCCAUUUAGUUUGUACAUUAAAUGCAGUAAAAUAAAAUAAUGUUGAGGUUGUGUUAGUUUAGUUUGCAGAACAUAAAGAAAUGUAUUUGAUCUAACGUGACUACAUUGUGUUGACUGAGUGUAAGUCAUUUAAGGAGACAGUACUAAAUACUUUUAUUUACAAUUUACACAACUUAGUUUUGUGGAACGUGUUGACAUAACACAGUUAUGCAAUUCCAGACAAAUAUUUUUAGAGUGAAAAGGAACUUUGCAAAUUUCAAGCCAGCUGCUAGUUUCAGUUUCUAAAUAUGUUCUCCAUAUUUACCGUUCCUUGUUAUCUCAUGGACUGUUGUGGACUACAGAUGUCAAAUCUGGUAGAUGAACUUCUGAAAUUUGGGGAGGAAUAGAAAAGAAAAAGAAAUAAUAAGAAAUCAUUUCCUUUUUUUAAUACAACCACAUGUGCAUUAUUGCGUCAGGCAACUGAAAAACAGGAUAGCAUGUCAAGAAUGUGUGCCUUUAAUUUUUUUAACAUUAUUUGUUUUCUCAUGAAAAUACAGUAUGUGGUCCAUUUUAAGAACAAGUUUAAAAUGAAUGUAUUGGGUAAGUUGUAAAUCUGUUGUUUCCAUCCCCUGUACAGUACAACUUAUUUUUUGUAUAGCGCUCUUCACUGAGUGCAGGCGUAGAGCGCUGUGAACAAUUCUUAUUUAAAAUACCAGUAAAGAUUACACUAAUUACAAAAUACAGAAUGGGUACACUUAAAAAUAUAAAAAUGCGUAUUUGUUAUAAUGCACAAAGAACAAUAAAGAAACUAAUUAAACAUAAAUGGAAACCAACAAUAUUUGUCCAUUAAUUAAUUGAUGAACUAUGGUAAGUUGACAAUGGAGGGGGUUAAAAUUGUGAAAGAUAAAGUCAAAAAUAAAAAUUCACCAUCCCGGAGAC